ACAGACAAACAGACAGACAGCAGCAGACGACGCGAUCAGCUGUUCCUGUCAAAACAAACAUGGCGGGCGAGGUGGACCCUUCCUGCAACCCCGUGGAAUUAAUGGGGCAGGAUGCUUGUAACCCGAGUGGCAUGUAUGGGGUGGAGAGAGAGACGGAGGGUGGUGAGGAGGAGGCUGGCAGCAUCCACAACUCAGAGCCCACGGCACGCAGCACGGCAGACUCCGACUUCUCCACCUUUGAUAUUGUUAAGGCCACACAGUACGGGGCGUUUGAGCGGUGCAAGGAGCUGAUCGAGGGCGGUUAUGACAAACAAGAGGGACGGGAGAAUGUCACACUCCUUCACUGGGCCGCCAUCAAUAACAGGAGAGAGAUUGUGAGGUACUACAUCUCCAAGGGUGCGGUGGUGGAUGCUGUGGGUGGGGAGCUCAUGUCAACACCAAUGCACUGGGCCACAAGACAAGGGCACCUGGGCAUGGUGGUGUUGCUGAUGAAGCACGGUGCGGACUCAGCCAUGCGAGACGGCGAGGGGUGUUCUUGCAUCCACCUGGCGGCACAGUUCGGCCACACGGCCAUCGUGGCAUACCUGGUGGCCCGCGGCGCCAACGUCAACCUCAUGGACAAGAACGGCAUGACGCCCCUAAUGUGGAGUGCCUACAGAGUCACCAGCCUGGACCCAACCCGGCUGCUGCUGACAUUUGGGGCCAGCACCUCCAUGGCGGACCGUCUCCAUGGCAACACAGCGCUGCACUGGGCCGUCAUCGCAAAGAACCACAUGGCCGUUAGUGUGCUGGUCAACCAUGGUGCCAAUGUGGAUAUUGCCAACGCCAGGGGAGAGUCAGCGUACAGUCUCAUCAUGAAGAGAAAAACACAGUGGCUGGACAAGAAGGUGCUGGAGAAAAUACAGGAGAUGCAGAAGUCCUCGCGCAAUAUUUGUUACCGAAUUUCCAACGACAAGACACUGAGGUACUGGACCAUGAUGGGGACUCCCUUCUUGGUGUUCUAUGUCGUCGGUUUGGUCCUGCAGCUCAAUCUUCUCUACGUGCUCAAGAUCGGCAUUUUCACCGCACUCUACAUCAUCAUCUAUGGCGUGUCCCGCAUUCUCUUUGACGAGCGGCUUAUGACUGUCAUGCCCAUGGCCGUCUAUCUCGCCACCAAGUUCUGGUGCUACGUGACGUGGGUUCUGUACAUCCAUGAGUAUGCCGGGCCGAGCACCACAGGCCUCUUCUUCCUCUCCUCGCUGCUGCUGUGGUACAACUUUGUGAGGGCGUGGCGUGGCGAUCCAGGAGUCAUCACCGCAGACCAGGCCCAGAAGUACCAGACGAUCAUUGAGCUGGCAGAGAGGGAUGGCUUUGAUCCCCAGUGGUUCUGCUCGACCUGUCUGGUGCGUCGGCCAAUCAGAUCCAAGCAUUGUUCAGUGUGUAACAGAUGCAUCGCUAAAUUUGACCACCACUGCCCCUGGGUCGGAAACUGCAUAGGCGCCAACAACCUCAAGUACUUCAUAGGGUACCUGGUGAUGCUGUGUGGGAUGAGCUGCUUCAUGGUGCAAGGCUGUUUCUACUACUGGAAUGGUGCCUGCAGUGUGUUCUUCCUCAAGCAAGGCAUCUGGUCAAGUCUGGGGGCGGUGUGCACAUGUGAGCCGUGGGUGGCCUGGGUGGCUGCCAAUGCUGUGCUCCACGCCGCCUGGGUUGCCACGCUGCUGGGAUGUCAACUCUAUCAGGUGUUGAUCCUGGGCAUGACCACUAACGAGCGUAUGAACUGCUACAGGUACAAGCAUUUCCAGGUCGGUAAGAAGGGCGAGGUCAGGUCACCGUUCCACCGUGGGGUGUGGCGAAACCUGCAGGACCUCCUUGACUGGACGUGCUUUGGCCUUCUCAAGCCUGACAAGACUGACUGGCUGAGAGUUUACACCUUAGCCGAGUCCUCAGAAGACAAGCAGCCUCUCCUCUCUCAGUCUGACAUGUACCAGUAUGUUUAAACCCCAAGCAGGAUGUUCAUUAUUACCUUUACCACUACCUAUCUCAGCUCUCGGCCACAGGAAGGUAGCUGGUAUCCUCGCGUCCUGUUUCCUCAUGUCCUCGGCGAUCUAGUGUGCGUUUUUUUAGAGUCUCCUUGGUGUUGAAGUGCCCAGGAAGUCUUCAUUUAGUUGCUGAUAGUGUGUUUUUGUGUUGUGUUGUGUUAUUUAUUUGUUUUUUUUGUUAUUUAUAUCCUCCUGAGUUGCUGUGUGGGGGAUUUUCAAAGUUAGUGAUUGUUUUUAUGGGUAUUUAAGUCAAUUUUCCGGCGCCAAGUCUUUCUAAAGGUGUAGUGAAAGUUGUUGAAUUAAUGCAUCUUAUAUUACAGGUGUUUUUAAGAGUACACUUCACUCUCUAGCCAGAAAUUUGCUGUAAAGAUAUAGUGGAAGUUGUUUAGAGAAGUGUGUCUUAUGUUAGAGGUGUUUUUGAGGGCAUUUCAAUCACUCCAUAGCCCUGAAACUCCUCUAAAAAUGUGUUGAAAGUUGUUUGAAAGAACAUCUUAUAUUUGAGGUGUUUUUAGGGAUAUGUAAAGUAACUGGUAUGGCCCAAAAUUGUAGUAAGAAUAUGAGAAAAGUUAUUUUGAAAGACAUCUUAUAUUUGAGGUGUUUUUAGGGACAUGUAAAAUAACUUGUAUGGCCCAAAACUGCAGUAAGAAUAAGAGGAAAGGUAUUUUAAAAGACUGUUAUAUUGAAGCUGUUCUUGAGGGUAUUUCAAUCACUAGUAUGGCUUCUUAAUACUGCCUUACAUAUACACAGAAAGUCAAACAGCAUAUCUCGUGUUUACCAUCAUUUGUUCUGGCUAUUUAAAUCAUAUAUGAGAUGUAAAAAAGCACAUAAUUUGUUAGGAGAUAUUUUCAAGGCAAUUUUAACCUAUUAUACCCCAAAAAAUCACUAGAAAUUGACAAACUUGAGAAAUUUUGAUGUAUUUCCUUCAGGGAGAGAAAGCAGCUGAAAAGUGACUUCUCUGUUAUGCGUUUGUAUGUGUGUUUGUCUGUUUUCCCAGCCGAGGUGAACGGACGCUUGUGUUAUGGGACGCCGGGAUGCUGUGUUGGUCAUCGUGCGUUUGUGUUGUGACGUUGGUUGGCGUUUAGUUGACCAGAGGGUGUUUUGUGUUGUGUCCCGUGUUUGGCUGUUUGGCGCUGGAUUGUGACUAAGAGGACGUGAUUUAUUUACAAGAGUGUUUUUCCGUUUGCAAUUUGUCUGUUAGUGUUCUGCGUCUGUGUGUGUGUGUGUGUGUGUGUGUGUGUGUGUGUGUGUGUGUGUGUGUGUGUGUGU